CCCCAGGUGGAUUUCAUGUCUCUCACGACAGCAAACAACAACCUUGAGAGCGAAUUUUCUUCUUCAUGGUCUCCGGAUCCCAUCAACAAUCAACAUCAACAAUCUAGCUCUGGAGUUAGCUACAGUAUAGCAGUGGCAGUGUGAGUGGCGCCUUUGGUAAUUUAUUUGACCUUGAAGUCUCCAUCGAUCGAGUAAUUUUACUAGAAAAAUAUUCCAACAAACCAACAAACAAAAUGAAGAUGGGACGCCCCGGUGGAGGAGUCUCCCAAGAAGAUGGUUCGGUGAUUACCUCGGGAACCUUCAUGGUCAUGACACGUCCCGAUGGCAGCCGUGGAUGUAUGAAGCAUCCUCAUUUGACUCUGGAAGGUUGGACUUGUCCAGAAUGCGAAAAGGAAUUCAAACAAGGACAACAGGCAUUGCAAGCACGCAAGGCCAAUUUAGACAACCGACUGCAAGCACUGGGAGAUGGACCCACACCUCAACAACAGCAGCAGCAGCAGCAACAACAACCUCCUCUGCCUCCAGGAGCUCACUCUCCAAUGGGACCCAUGUCCAUCCAAGCACAACAGCAAGCGCUCUAUGGAGCAGCAGCAGCCAAUUUGGCGGGACAUUCCCCCAUGCAAAUGACGAGUGCGCUGCCGUAUGGAACCUUGGCGCAUGCGGGGUAUGGAGGAAUGAUGCCUCCCUCACUGGCAGGUCUAAAUGGAGUUCCUGGCCAAUCUGGUCCUCCUUCCUCCACUUCCUCGAGCACAUCCCUCGACACUCUGGCGCUGCAAAUUAAUCGCAUGCAACAAAUGCAGGACUGGAUGCUGCUGCAGAAGGAACGAGAAGUACAAAUGUUGAGACAAGAAUUGGGAGAAGCACAACAAAAUUUACACACCAUUCAAAUGGAACACGCUCUCUUGCAGGAAAAAAUGAAUCAGCAGAAAAUUCAACACGAACAGGAACUCAAAUACCUGCAACUCUCCUCAGCGGCUCAGGCGGCCAACAACAACAAUAAUCCCAACAACAAUGUCGUCGUUCCUCCAGCCGCCGUCAUGGCUCCACCACCCGCUCAGGCUGUCGCAAAAAACAAUAAUAAUAAUGCCACUCCAGAAAGAUCAUCCGCUCUUCAGCUCAUGAAGGCAUCCACAAACACGGUACCCAUGGACAACACAACCAACAAAAGCAACAACGCCAAGAGCAAGGAUGCCGUUGCAUCUUUAUCCGCUGGGAAUAAUCGAUCCAUUGCUACGGGCACAGCGACCAACACAACCGUUCCCAUGGGGACUCCCGUCACCCCCAACAAAAAGGCACCGCCAACAACGAUUGUGGCUCCCAAGAUCGACAAUAUCGGUAAUAACGACAGCAGCAACAGGGCCAACCGCAAUCCAACGGAAAAAGCUGCCGGUGAAAAUGACAGCAGCAAGGUCAAUGGCAACAAUAAUAAGGCCCCUGUUCCUGCGGUUGCUGCCGUGAAAAAUAGUCCACCCAAAAAGCAAGCACCGACCAAAAAUCCUCCACCUGCGGAAACGCCCAAAAAGAACAACAACCCCAAGCCCCCUCCACCCCCAACAAGAAGCAAUAACAAUAACAACAACCCUGCCAAACAAAACAACAAUUCCAACAACAACAACAAGUCAACGCAGCCACCCAUUGCAAAUAUCUCCAAACAACCACCACCAGCCAUGAUGAAUGGAGUUCCGAUCGAUAUCAAUUUUGACGAUGAUGCUCCGCCCACGGUGCCACUCCAGGAAGAUAUUACUCUUGGAACCCUCGGAAAGGCACAAUCGUGGAAGGCCACUGUUGUGGAACGAGCCAAAAAUCGCAGCAAUGUCGGUAGUGAUCGAUUUGAACCACGAUACAUUCCCCAGGAUCAGGUCAACGCAAAUGCCGCCGCCAAUGGUGGUAAUGCAAAUGACAAUGACGGAAUGGAACCCGGUGGUGCUGGAUUUGUCAUGCCCAGUGAUCAACAGUCGCUCACCGUGGCGUCUUCCACCUACGGAGAGGAUCGACAGAAAGUCAUCAACCAAUCGCUGCUGGAUCCGUACGGUGAUAAGGGUAUCUACACCGGGCUCAUCCUCAAGUCCACCGGUAUGCCUCAUGGUAGUGGGCGCAUGAUCUACGAAGAAGAUCAACGUAUCUAUGAAGGAGAGUGGCGCCAUGGACGGUGGCAUGGAUUCGGUGAAGCCAAGUUCGCCAAUGGCGAUAACUAUGAAGGAGAAUAUCGAUUCGACCAACGACAUGGACACGGCAAGUAUUCUUGGUCAGAUGGACGCUCCUAUGAUGGUGACUUUAGUGAAGAUCGGCGGCAUGGAAAGGGACUCUUUGUGUGGCCCGAUGGUGCAAUCUAUGAAGGAGAAUUUUCCAAUGGUCAACGUGAAGGACACGGAAGCUACAAGUUUAGUGAUGGUGGCCAAUUCACUGGUAACUGGAAGGAUGGUCGCUACAAUGGAUUCGGAACAUGUUCCUGGGAGGAUGGUCGAUGUUAUCGUGGAGAAUGGCGGAAUGGUAUGGCACACGGCAAGGGAAUAGAAACUUAUGCUGAUGGAACUGUGCGACACGAUGGGCAAUGGGUUGACGAUGAGCCAGUGCGCUAAGCAGAUCCUUUGAACAUUUGCACUGCUGCGAAAACCUUGAGAGGCAACCCGAUUUUCGAACAGCAAAUGGCAUUCUCGACCAAGCCAUUAGAUCUACACAGCCUGCAUCUGGUCGAUACAACAUAAUUAUGUAUUAUUAAAGGUAAACCUACGAUAAUGCAGUUGUUCGAA